AGUGCUUUUCCAGGAUUCGGGCCGGAGAGAGGCCUUGUAGGCACAGCGGCUGAGACUCGAUCGGUUCCAAGUAGGGGCUCCAGCGCGGGUCGCAGUCUGGGGGUUCGCGCCCGCCGACCCGCGCCCUGCUCUCUCUCAGCACCUGGGCCGACGGUUACAAGCAUUCUUUACUAGACAGCAUUAACGUAGACAUCUGUGGAAGCACGUGUGAAACAACUGUAUGGAGAAACAUCUAUCUGUUUUUUGAGAUGGAGCCUCCCUCUGUCACCCAGGCUGGAGUACAGUGAAAUGACCAUUAAGAAGUAGAUGCCCAGAUGCAAAAGUGAUGAAACAGUCCAUUUGUCAUAAAGUAAGAUGCAGCUGUGGCGUGUCAACCAGCUUGGAGAUUUUCUUCUUUCUACCGGCAUCAAGAUCAAGCAGGCAAGUUUACUUGCUGUCAUCUUCUAUAAGGUUAAGUCAGCAAACAAAGAAAACAUGGUAUUUUAAAGUAUGAUUAAACUCCUGAUGCUGCAGCAGAGGCUAAGAAUAUUAAUGGCCAGAUCUAGUGCACACAUGGUCUUCUGAAGAAGCCAUGGGUAGCUGUUGUAGCUGUCCAGAUAAAGACACUGUCCCAGAUAACCAUCGGAACAAGUUUAAGGUCAUUAAUGUGGAUGAUGAUGGGAAUGAGUUAGGUUCUGGCAUAAUGGAACUUACAGACACAGAACUGAUUUUAUACACCCGCAAACGUGACUCAGUAAAAUGGCACUACCUCUGCCUGCGACGCUAUGGCUAUGACUCGAAUCUCUUUUCUUUUGAAAGUGGUCGAAGGUGUCAAACUGGACAAGGAAUCUUUGCCUUUAAGUGUGCCCGUGCAGAAGAAUUAUUUAACAUGUUGCAAGAGAUUAUGCAAAAUAAUAGUAUAAAUGUGGUGGAAGAGCCAGUUGUAGAAAGAAAUAAUCAUCAGACAGAAUUGGAAGUCCCUAGAACACCUCGAACACCUACAACUCCAGGAUUUGCUGCUCAGAACUUACCUAAUGGAUAUCCCCGAUAUCCCUCAUUUGGAGAUGCUUCAUCCCAUCCUUCAAGCAGACAUCCUUCUGUGGGAAGUGCUCGCCUGCCUUCAGUAGGGGAAGAAUCUACACAUCCUUUGCUUGUGGCUGAGGAACAAGUACAUACCUAUGUCAACACUACAGGUGUGCAAGAAGAGCGGAAAAAUCGCACAAGUGUGCAUGUUCCAUUGGAGGCAAGGGUUUCUAACGCUGAAAGCAACACACCAAAAGAAGAACCAAGUAGUGUUGACGACAGGGAUCCUCAGAUUCUUCUUGAACCUGAAGGAGUCAAAUUUGUUUUAGGGCCAACCCCUGUUCAAAAGCAGUUAAUGGAAAAAGAGAAACUGGAGCAACUUGGAAGAGAUCAAGUCAGUGGAGCAAAUAACACAGAAUGGGACACUGGCUAUGACAGUGAUGAACGAAGAGAUGCACCCUCCGUUAACAAACUGGUGUAUGAAAAUAUAAAUGGGCUCUCUAUCCCUAGUGCCUCAGGGGUCAGGAGAGGUCGUCUGACAUCCACCAGUACCUCAGAUACCCAGAAUAUCAACAACUCAGCUCAGAGAAGAACUGCAUUAUUAAACUAUGAAAAUCUACCAUCUUUGCCUCCUGUUUGGGAAGCCCGCAAGCUAAGUAGGGAUGAAGAUGACAAUUUAGGACCAAAGACCCCAUCUCUAAAUGGCUACCAUAAUAAUCUAGAUCCAAUGCAUAACUAUGUAAAUACAGAGAAUGUAACAGUGCCGGCAAGUGCUCACAAAAUAGAAUAUUCAAGGCGUCGGGACUGUACACCAACAGUCUUUAACUUUGAUAUCAGACGCCCAAGUUUAGAACACAGGCAGCUUAAUUACAUACAGGUUGACUUGGAAGGUGGCAGUGACUCUGACAACCCUCAGACUCCCAAAACGCCUACAACUCCCCUUCCACAAACCCCUACGAGGCGCACAGAGCUGUAUGCCGUGAUAGACAUCGAGAGAACUGCUGCUAUGUCAAAUUUGCAGAAAGCACUGCCACGAGAUGAUGGUACAUCUAGGAAAACUAGACACAAUAGUACUGAUCUGCCCAUGUGAACCUGGAAAGCAUUAUGUUGUUUGCACCUUUGUGAAGUUUUUAAAAAUGAAGAUGCAAGUGCUUCAUUUUCAUUUCUAAACACUAACUCCUUUUAUAGACUGAUAAAAUUUUUUUCUGAAUAUUUCAUGUGCAUCUUUAACUAAAGGGAAUUAAUGUAGAGCAGGUACUCCUUAAAGAACACUAAUUUCAUUAUAUACUACUCGUUGUACAGCAGCAUUCCCAUUUUCACAGUGCCUAUUUAAAAUGAGAGUUGAAGUAAAUGACAUGCUGGUUGAUUUUUAUCAAUAUUCUGGACUUAACACAUAUCUUUCAUGUCUAAGUCAUGGUUGGCUUUUAAAACUUUUUAUAAAGCCUCUUGACAAUGUGCAUUGCUAACAGGUAACUAUAGGUUUUGAAAGUAAUGCUCGUAGAUUCAGUGUUCACAGUAUGUGGCCUCCAGCAUGUAACAUGAGGAAUCCUUUAUUUCAUUAAUUAAUGGCUUUUUGACUUGAGCCAAAACAUAUGUAAAGGAAACAGAAGUACCACACCUCCUCUUAUACCAGUCAGCUCCUUUGCCUGCAGUGUUACUAGAAAACGGCCUGUGUCCAUGAGUAUGGUUUGCUAUUGGUACACUGAAAGGCAGGAAGGAGGCAAGAUUUUCUAUUUACUCAUCUCAUGAUGUCAUUUGAAGGGCAUGUCCAGAUAUCUUAAAAUUAUAAUAGGCUCAAGAAUCAGUCUCAGGUCACUUUACCCAAAAACAUUUGAAAAUCUGAACCACAGUCUCUUGAAAGUUUUUCUCCUAUAGAUUAUUGACAACACAUUGUUUUCUGGAGGCAUUUGUGCCAUUAGGUUUCCAUUUAUCUUCAGUUUUUUUCUUUGGUGUUUGGGAUGUCUUAUUUUGUUGCCUUAUGUCCUUUUCAAUUUAAAAUGUUUGAGUUUGUAUAUAGUUUUGAAAUUGGAUUAUGUGUUCAUUGUUGUUUAGUUUGCAUUUUUGUCAAAUUAUGGUUUCGAAGGUUCAUUUGGAACUUACUGUUAUUCUGUAACAGGGUUGCCCUUGUCCAGUAUUUAUUUAUAUGCUGUUUACUUUUCAAGUUGAUAAAAACAUUCUCCAAUUCUAAAUUUACUUGUGUCCAUAGGUGAUCUCUUUAGCAAACUGAGAAAAAAAGGAAGAUACUUUUAACAUGCAAAGUUCCCUCAAGGUGUACCGUGUUUUCUCUGUGGGCACUCUUCCCCAGCACUUUAGCAGUAAUUCCCCCAGCUACACGCUGCAGUUGUACUCUGCCCACUCUAGUGUUCCUCAGCUCUGCUGUCCUUUUACUUGUAGCUGGAUCUUUGAUUAUCCUUCGAUUUCCAUGAAAUAUUAAUAUUGUUGCCAGCAUAGCAGGUACAGUGGAAGUCUUGUAGCAAUGAGAUUGUAUCAUAAUUUAGGAUUUAAAAUGAAUUAAAAGUUUAUAUAAACUGAAGAGUCUCCAUAUGUCAAACUCUUGGAAAAUCAAAGAUGUUCCAGUUUCCUAAACACUAGAGAAUACGAGAGAAGGUAGAGUGGAAAAGGUUAGGUAACCUUGCAAAAUAUUUUACUAUUUUCUCUAAAUAUGAGGAAGUUUGAGAUUAUGAUCUGGAUCUACCAGAUAUAACUAAGGUUAAUUUAGCAUGAAAAAGUUUUAGUCAUAUUAGCAUCAAACCUAGUCAGUAACCGAAUCAUAGGACAAUGAUGGAUUAGGAGAACAAUAGAGUGGGAUCAUUAUAAAGAAAAUAAAUUAUUAAAAGUUGUCUUUAUCGUUUUCAGUGCCAUUUUUAGUGUCUUUAUUAUAAAUCAAUAUCAGUGUAUUUUAUCAUUCUAUGUGCAUAACAGAAUUUUCUUUUCCCUCUUUUGUUCCCCUGUGAACUUGGUGCUUAUUAAAGUGUUCACUGUUCUCUUAAAAGAGAGCAGUGGUAUAGGUGUGCAGUUUCCGUGAUGCAGGUUCCAUUUUUAAUAUAUUGUUCCACUUAUCCUUUCUUCUGAGUAAAUUGCUAAUUGUGCCAAAUUUAUGUAAUAGUUUUUGUAAUGUGGAAUAAGAAUUAUAAUGGAACCAUUGCACAUAGUUUUUUCUGAAACAACCAGUCAAGGCAGAACAUUAAUCUCCAAAUGAAAGGGCUGAUCUAUUUAUUCAUUUUGGAGGUUGGGUACUUUAUUCUUUCUUUCCAUCAUCCUUUUCAUUGUUUCCCCCGGAUUCUAAUUAGUUUUUAUUUUUUUUUAGAUAACUCCAAUAUAAUCAUUACAGUUUAUGCUUUAAAUACUAUGUGCUUUAAAAAGGAAAAUGGGACCAAUUUGUCUGCUAAGAAUUUGAUUUUAGGUACUAUAAGAGUAUUAGGAAAAUACAUACAACUGGUGUUAAUUUCUAGAUAUUUUCUAGAAAUCACUUGUGUUCCUAUUUAAUAAAAGGUAAUUUAGAAUACUACUUGUCCUUUGCAGUAGUUUAGUAAUGGGCAUUACGCUGUGUCCUGGAAGGAUGUACCUAUUACUAGGUGCAUUUUAGAAUGAAAUAUUAAUAUUUUAUUAGCAUAUAAUUGUGGCCAUAUAUCUCAGAUUUUCUGAGGCAGAUCUAAUUUUAGAUAAUUCUGUUGGUAGACCAUGUGAUCCUUCUUUUUGGUUUUGGAAAUAUAAUCAUUGUUAAUGUUUUCCCUCCAAAUAGAAUACUGUUUUAUCCAUACAAAUCAUAACAGCAUCUAUCCCAUGCCAGGGUUGGAAACUGAUAUUGGUAUUACCUGUGCUUUUUCUUAGUGUGUUUUAUUUCCCAGUUUCAUCUUCUUUUAAAAAUGAAAAUAUGGUGCCUUCCCUCCCUCCAAGGAAGACUGGCAAAUAGUUCCUUUUAUUUACUGCUGCUGUGGAGUGAUGAGAUAUGCACUUUACUCUUGAAGAUUCAGCAAAAAGCUUUUCACUUCCCAGUAUAUCCAGAAUACAUCAUAUCUGGGACUUAGGAAAAUUUGCCAAGCAGUCUUUGUUUUUAUAGAUACUAAUGUUGACCCUCUCCAGCGUUCAAUGUUAUAAAUAGAACAAGUCAAGCUAGUGUUUGUUUAUCUCCUCCCCUUCCCCAAAACUGUGGCACAGCAUAUAAAAAUGUACCUCAAUAAUGUUCUAUUAAAAAUGGGACAGGGGCCUUAUGUUUUCAUAAUUUCCCAACAAUGUGCCGCCAUAUUUUUGCCUCAAGGUAAAGGUUUUAACAGAUGAAAAAGUACUUCCCAAUUCCCCCUGUGCUAUUCCUAACCUAUAAUGCCCAAGUGUUUUGUGCAAUGUGUAGUGUGUGUGUAUAAAUACAUACAUUCUUGAAAUAGACAUACUAUCAGAGACAUCAUUCACAAGUAACUGAUGUAUUGGCAUCUCAUUCAUAUUUCUGAUGUGUGAGGUAUAUGGUACUAAUUACCUUUUCCUUGAUGUUUGCCAAAUUUGAAUAAAGGCAUUGGUACGAAAUUACAGAAUGUAAAGAAAAUGUUUUUGGCUUGAAAAAUUAACAAAUAUUUUAUGACAUACCACAGUAUACUCUGCCCAAACCAGCACCCUAUCUAUCUUUCCUGUUCUUUACAUCCCUUUUCCCCAUCCCUACUUCCUCAUUUUUUUGGGGUAUAACACAGUUCUUUUGUAGCAUCAUUAUAAUUGCAGUUCUAUGGCAAUUGGACAGUUAUAGCAUGGAAACAGACUGGUAUAAAUAGUACAGUAGUCACCAGUGUGCCACAUUUGCAUUAGUAAUGCAAAAUAUACAUUUUAUAAAGGACAAACUUUGUGUUAUGUUUUAUUUUCAUUACAUUGUAUAAUAUUGUAAGACUAUUGUAUGUCGUAAUUUGCAUUAUAAAUGUUUUUUUCCUACGUAAAGGCAUAAAUAUAGCAACUUUGUAUAAAGGUAGCUUAUUAGAUUUUUAAUUUUUUCUUUUAUAAAAAAUUGUCUAACAGUGGGACUACCAUUGCCAAAUUGUAUGUGAAAUAUGAAUUUUACCCCCAUGGUUAAUUUCUUUUAUAAACAUUCCAUAUUUCUCUAAUAAAAGACAUAAGUGAUACUGUACUAUGCAUAAAUUGUAUCUUAAUGCUGUUUCAGAUCAGCAUUUUAAAUUUUGGUUUGCAUUUUUAAUAUUGGCAAAACAUAACCACUGUUAAUUAAAAUAAAACCUUGUUGUAUAUGUAACAACAUAAUUUGCCCUCUAUCCCUUCCCACCCUUUGUUCUCUAUUUCUCCCUAUCAGUGCCAACUUCAUACAUUUUGUAGCAUGGCAAUAAAAUAUAACUUUUACACUGA